CUUAUUUAUUUUCAGACGACGUGAAGAAGUGGAUUAUCUUUUCUAUGGGCAAGUGAUGUGGACUGAUAACCGCGUGAUCUUGUGUACUUUCGGCUAUAUUCAUAUUCGCCCACCGACCGGGUUUUCAAACGGUCUGAAGGAAGCUUGAUACGAUGCCACCGUCAAUCACUGUAAAUGAAUUCAUUCGCGAGACUCGCGAAGAUUUCUCGUCUCCGACCACGUCAACAUUUGUACACCGCAUACCUCAAUGCCGGCAAACGAUCUCAGUUUUGGAUGAAUCUCUGGAACAUGACCGGGAGGGCUUGGUGAAGUUGAAGAAAGCCGUGAAAGCUGUCUACAGCAGCGGGAAGUGUAAGAAACCGCACAUGGACAAUGAGAACUACUUUUCGCAAUCUCUAGAGAAGAUGGGUAUGAUCUCAGCCACCCAAGACUACGACAAGGAUCUGGCUCUCGCGUUCAACAAAUUUUCCGUCGUGACCCGGGAUCUGUCAACCCUUACCAAGAGUCUCAUGGACCGCCUCAACUCCUCAGUGCUCAUCCCUCUGGACUGUUUCAUCAAGGGCGAGUUUCGAGAAGUCAGUGGCGACAUGCGGCGUCCCUUUGACCGAGCCUGGAAGGACUAUGACGCCAAAUUCGGUCGAAUUGAGAAAGAGAAGAAGCUGCAAGCCAAAGAAGCCGGUUUGACUCGUUCCGAGAUCACAGCAGCCGAGAUCGCCGAUGAGAUGGAGAAGGAACGCAAGAACCUUCAGUUGAAGAUGUGCGAGUAUCUGCUCAAGUUCAACGACAUCCGGACCAAGAAGGGCGUGGAUUUGCUGCAGAAUCUCAUUGGCUACUAUCACGCGCAAAUCACCUAUUUCCAAGAAGGUCUGAAGACUAUCGAGCACUAUCGUGACUAUUUCUCGGAUCUGGCAUCCAAGGUGCAAAAGGUUCGGCAGUACGAAGAAGUGGAGAAAAAGCGGCUUACGGAGCUGAAAACCCUGUUGAAACCCACGGAGAAGGACAUUCCGCAUCCGAUUGCAGGCAAUUCGCAACCCGCUGGCUAUAGUUUGCAUCAGCUUCAGGGCAAAAAGGAACACGGAACCACGAAAGUUGGGUAUCUCUUGAAGAAAUCCGAAGGAAAAAUGCGAAGAGUGUGGCAACGAAGGAGAUGCGAAGUGAAUGAAGGAUUCCUGUUCAUUUCCCAUUCGGACGAGAACAAACCGCCGACGAAGAUCAACCUGUUGACGUCUCAGUUUAAAACCGUGCCGGAUGAUGAAAGAAGCUUUGAUCUGAUUGCUUGUAAUAGAACGUACCAUUUCCAAGUUGAAGGAGAAGACACUGCUUGUAUGGAACGGGAAAGGGAGGCCUGGGUGUCGGUUCUCAUCAAUUGCCGUGACAGUCAGCUAAAAAACGCGUUUCAGUCAAAUGGUCCGUCGAGUUGCCUUGGGUCAGCAGAGAAAGACGACGGAAGACUUGGCCACAAACUCAGUGCUUCUCUGCGAGAAAUGCAGCAACAAAUCACGAAACAGAUCCUCAAACUGCCUGGAAACGAUCGCUGCGUUGAUUGUUUUGGUCAAAACGAUGCAACGUGGAUUUCGACGAACUUCGGAGUCGUCAUGUGCAUCGAGUGCAGUGGAGUUCACAGGGAUUUGGGAGUUCAUAUUUCUAGGGUUCAGAGUCUGACACUGGACCACGUUGGUACAGCACAGCUCUUGAUUGCGAGGAACAUGACGAACCUUGCCUUCAACGAAGUCAUGGAAGCGUAUUUCCCUGCUGGUUGUCCUGCCAAACCAAAACCCAACAGUUCUAUGUAUGAUUCCAUUCAAGAAUUUUCAUCAAUGAAACUUUCCGAAUUGAAAUAUGUGGAAGAGAAGAGGGUUUUUAUUAGAGCCAAGUAUGUUGAGAGAAAGUAUGUAGUGCGAACGACGUAUGAUCAAAGCGAACUUCUGACGGAUCUUGAAGCUGCGGUCACUUCGAGACAUGUGACCCAGCUUUUGCAGGCCUGGGCCGAAGGAACCGACAUUUGCUCUCCUCUUCCCUCGCGAAGUUGUUCGUGCCUAUCUCAUCUCGUGUUCAUUUGCGUGUUUCAGCCAAACGAAGAAACAGCUUUGCACUUGGCAGUUGAGCAAGAAGACGGCAGGUCUCUGCACAUCGUGGACUUUUUGGUGCAGAAUGCCGCCGCGGCGCAGGUGUCGGGCGUGGACGUGGCGACGACUGCCGGCGACACUCCGCUGCACCUGGCCGUCCGUCGUGGCCAGGUGGAUUGCAUGAAGCUGCUGCUCCGCUCUGGCGCAGACCCGAAUGCGGAAAACGCCGACGGGCAAAGUCCCAUGCAUCUCGCCAAGCAAAUGCACUUGGCCAGUGCCGAGGAACUCUUGAAUCAUGCUCUGGAAGGUAAAAAGGUGCUGUUUGAGAACGUCACAAUCGACUGGACGACGUUACCGCAAGAAGAGCCUUCCACGGAUUUGUCCGACGACGACAUCGCUGUGGACUCUGACUUUUCUGCUGUCGUCGGGGCUGCCAACCGGGCAUCGUCGGUGUUGAGUGGAGCGACGGUGAGGGCACAAGGAGGAAGUGGAGGAGCUAGUAAAAGUGUGGCCAGAACAACCAGCUCUGUGGUGCCCGAGAUUAGUCCGACGCAGAGGAGACAGAGAUCUCAGACGGAGACCUUGUGGAGAGGCUCGAAUGUAGAUGUCACCUCUCCAGGUUCAAGUCAAGGACUGGCGUCGAUGAAGAAACGAGCUGCGCCAAGACCACCUCCUGGAUGGAUGCCCUUGGAACAGUCGCAGAGGAGAAAGUCGUCUUCUUCAGAUACUGGUGGUCAUGGUUCCAAAUUACACUUGGCUGGUGCUAGGUUAGUGUUGCCACCCGGAGAAAUGCCAGCCCUGAAAUCAGCGAGUGGGAAAAGUGCGGGUGCAGUGGCGAAAAUGGCGAAUGGACAGUCCAUCGAAAGCCUCAAUUCCGUGCUGUCUUCGGAUGACAAUCCCCAGCCACCUCCGAGAAAAAGGGGAGAUCAGUUGACACCGAGAGCCAAACGAUGUCGAGCGUUGUACGAUUGUGAGGCCGAUAACGAAGAUGAGCUCACUUUCAGGGAAGGAGACUUGAUAGUGAUCACAAACACAGAAACGGACGACGAAAACUGGUUGGAGGGCCACAUUGAAGGAGAUCCGACCAAAGCUGGUUUGUUCCCGCUUUCCUUCGUCCACUUGUUGCCCGAUUGAAGCGAUUGCCAAAGUUUUCCUCGUGCU